AUGGAUAAGGCGCUGGUCUACGGAACCAGAGAUUCUGGUCUUCACUCCUUCAUCGCAUUAACACUUGCUGUUCAAGAUAAGGUCCAGCCUCGUCUACCUUUCGCCCCGCCAUGGUCUCCUCCAUCUUCUUCUCCCCAAACCCUAGCUCUAUUUCCUUCCGUUCCUCCCUCCUUUCCUCCUCCUCCUUCUCCCCUAAACUCUCCUUCGCCUCCCUUCCCCUCCAAUCGCCUCACUCGAUCCUUUCUCUCCCACUGCUCCCUCGUCUCUCGCCCGCCCUACAUUCCAAACCGCAUCGAUGAUCCCUCCUACGUUCGCAUUUUCGACACCACUCUCCGCGACGGCGAGCAGUCCCCCGGCGCCACCAUGACCUCAAAACAAAAGCUCGCCAUCGCCUGCCAGCUCGCUCACCUAGGCGUCGACAUCAUUGAAGCCGGCUUCCCCGCCUCUUCCCCUGACGACCUCGAUGCCGUCCGCUCUAUCGCGAUUGAGGUUGGGAACAACCCCGACGAGAACGGCUACGCCCCUGUUAUCUGUGGGCUUGCUAGGUGUAAUAAGGCGGACAUUGAUGCAGCUUGGGAGGCUGUGCGGCAUGCGAUGAGGCCUCGCGUCCAUACGUUCAUCGCUACUAGUGAGAUCCACAUGAAGUAUAAACUUAGAAAGUCGAGAGCGGAGGUGGUGAGGAUUGCUAGCGAAAUGGUGGCUUAUGCCCGGAGUCUGGGGUGCGAGGAUGUUGAAUUCAGCCCCGAGGACGCGGGAAGGUCCGACAGGGAGUUUCUUUAUCAUGUUCUGGCGGAAGUUAUUAAAGCUGGGGCCACCACUGUCAACAUUCCUGACACUGUUGGUUACACCCUUCCCUCUGAAUUUGGACGAUUAAUUGCUGAUAUAAAUGCCAAUACUCGUGGAAUAGAGAAUGUGAUCAUUUCAACACACUGUCAGAAUGAUCUUGGACUUGCAACUGCUAAUACAUUAGCUGGUGCUUAUUCUGGGGCACGACAACUUGAGGUGACAGUCAAUGGUAUUGGUGAAAGAGCUGGAAAUGCUUCUUUGGAAGAGGUUGUUAUGGCUAUAAAGUGUCGUAAGGAACUUAUGGGAGGCCUUCAUACUGGGAUCAACAUUAAACAUAUUGUUAUGGCUAGUAAGAUGGUUGCAGAAUACAGUGGCUUGCAUGUCCAACCACAUAAGGCAAUUGUAGGUGCUAAUGCUUUUGCCCAUGAAAGUGGUAUACACCAGGAUGGCAUGCUUAAAAAUAAAAGCACAUAUGAAAUUAUAUCUCCUGAGGAUAUUGGAUUGACUCGAUCUAAUGAAUCUGGGAUUGUGCUAGGAAAGCUUAGUGGGCGCCAUGCUCUCAGAUCUAGACUUUUGGAGUUUGGGUAUGACAUAAAUGGGAAAGAACUUGAUGAUAUCUUCAAGCGUUUCAAAGAAGUUGCAGAGAAAAAAAAGCAUGUAACUGAUGCUGACAUUGAAGCACUUAUUUCUGAUGAGAUAUUCCAGACCCAGGUGAUAUGGUUGCUUGGUGAUCUGCAGGUUACUGGCGGCACACUUGGCCUUUCUACAGCAACAGUUAAACUUAUUGCUUCAGAUGGGGAGGAGAAGAUUGCAUGCUCUAUUGGAACAGGUCCUGUUGAUGCAGCAUAUAAAGCUGUUGAUAUCAUAAUCGGGGUUCCUGUGAUUCUGCUAGAGUAUUCCAUGAACUCAGUGACAGAAGGCAUUGAUGCCAUUGCCUCCACAAGAGUUGUUAUCCGUGGAGAUACCACCCAUUCAUCUACACAUGCCUUGACGGGAGAAACAGUCUUCCGUACUUUCAGUGGAUCUGGAGCAGGGAUGGAUAUUGUUGUCUCCAGUGUUCGGGCUUAUGUUAGUGCUCUAAACAAAAUGUUAGCUUUCAAAGACUUAUCAGCAUCCAAGGCUGCUCGCAAAGUAUCAUAAAUUCAGUAAGCUUCUUUUUACUUCAAAAAUGGGGAAGGAGAAACUCUAUCAACUUAUUGCACUUCUAAGCAAUGACACGUGGAACCGAUGCUUAUUUAGUGGUGGAAUCUUCCGCUCUGCUCUACUGUAAUUAGAUUUGUGUGCAUUUCUUGUGUAGAUUUGGAAUUUGUGAGUAGGAUAUGUGCGCAUUUCUUGUAUAGCCCUGGAAAGUUGAUCUGUGAUUAGAUUCGUGUGCAAAUCUUGUGUAGUGUUGGAAAGUUGAUCUGUGUGGGCAAUAUAUGUAGUCAUGUAGAUACACGUUCAGGUUAAUAAAAUAUGUUCCCACAGUCUCA